GUGUGGGCGACGGCAACGUCAGCGCGUCGUAACGUCUGGGUAUAAAUAGCGGAAUCGGCCUCGGCUCGCGGACUAUAGCGAGUUAUAGCGGAGGAGUAAGUUGUUGAAGGAGUACUUAAAGGCAAGAUGGCUCGAACAAAACAGACAGCCCGUAAGUCCACAGGAGGCAAAGCACCCAGGAAACAGCUGGCAACCAAAGCAGCAAGAAAGAGUGCACCAUCUACUGGCGGAGUGAAGAAGCCUCAUCGCUACAGGCCUGGCACUGUUGCACUGAGAGAAAUUCGGCGAUACCAGAAAUCCACAGAAUUGCUGAUUCGCAAACUGCCCUUCCAGCGUCUGGUGCGUGAGAUUGCACAGGAUUUCAAGACUGAUCUGAGAUUCCAGAGUGCUGCGAUUGGUGCAUUACAGGAGGCGAGUGAGGCAUACCUGGUCGGUCUCUUUGAGGAUACAAACCUGUGCGCCAUCCAUGCCAAGCGAGUAACCAUCAUGCCAAAGGAUAUUCAGCUAGCUCGCAGGAUACGUGGAGAAAGAGCUUAAUUGGAGCAUGAUCGUUCCAUCAGCAAUGGACAGCGGGACCUUUUUUAAUAUCGCAGAUUUUACAGAUAUUGUCAGGAUAUGGACUUUUAAGGAGUGAAAAUGUGCAAAUGGAAUAUGUGGUAUUCACUGUUUUUAUUCAAUUUUCUAAAGUUUAAUAGGGUGGGUGGUUAAACUGGGAGGGGAGCCCUUACUGUUAUCUUAAAAAAUAAAUUAAACCGUAGCUAAAUUGGAACCGAUCUGUUUCCACUUGUCAUUCGCAUGAGGUGCAAGUGGAAAGUCCCCAUUGCUCCUCAGCACUUAAGUUUUUUGUUUUGUAUUAUACUUGGGUUUUCUAUCAGACUAUUUCCUAGAGCAUUUUGUACUAGUCAACUGAAAGGAAUGUACUGGGGAAAAUGCUUCCUAAAUAUUGUGUCAUUCCGUUGGUAACUCAGGAGGAAUUGAUGCAGUCUUACACCAAGUAAAUUGCAUUGAUCUUUUGUACAUCAAGCUGGAGUGUACAGCUUGGCAGCUAUCUACCUAUUUAUGCAUUGUUUUUCACAUCGAUCUGUUUUUUGGGGAGGGGGGAAGUUAUUAAUUCAUCUAUUAUUAAAUUGUUUAUGGACUCGUGUUGCUUUUUGUUCUCAUGCAAACAAGUGGUUUUACAUUGGGAUAAUGCAGAUAGGGGCUAGUUUGAAUUCUGGAUUGAGUAGAUAGUCUGUGCAGUUCUCAUAACUGAAUGUUUAGCUGUUAGUUUGCUGAAUUGCAUUCAUUGUUGGAGACGAAGUGCUGCUCCUUUGUGAUGUGUUCCUGCCUAGACUGGGGGCUGAUUGUACAUAUGGGAAUUGUAUAAUAUAAGUUCUUGGUGAUAUCCCAUGGGCUAUGAUUGUAACAGUGCAGUUGCCUGUCUGUUUUUCUGCCACAGAAUCACUUACAGGUGGAUUGUGGUAGUAUUGUUUUGGUGUCCAAAGGUAUAUCAAACUUGGUGUUUCAGACAAUGCUGUUCAUAAGAGGGAUCUUGGUAGCCAGGUAGCAAGAAUGAGCAUUUGAAAAUAUUUGAGGCUUUUCCCAGAAUAGUUCCAAAGGCUUAAGUUCAGCAUUGCAAGGUUGAUGUUCUUCAGUCCUUCUGACACCACAGUAGUGAUGCUCUUUAUCAAUGUAACGGAGCUUUUUCACCUCUGGUGCCAAGGAGGCUCUGUAGCUGGUAUUGGGGUUUUCACUUAGUUUGGUCUCUAAAGGUUGAGAAUUGGGCCCCAGUGUAGAUCUCGGACAAACAUUGGUACGAAAGCAAUUUACUAGUGAGUGACAAGGAUAUACUCCCAUGUCACAUGAUUUUUUUUUGCCUGAGUGGUCCCGUCCAAGGAAGGAUAUAAAGGUGCUACAUUGAUUCCUGUUGGAUCAUUUACUUAGGGCCACUUUGACAUGAAAAGUGCUUUUGUACUGAAAUGUGGCCUGGAGUGAAUAAAUGGAUGUUGACUGCUAUGGCAUUCGGUGCUCUUGCCUCUUCCUGUUCAUCGUAAAAGAAGGCAGGGGAACGGUUGGCACAGGUAUCUCCCAUGAGCAAAGAAAAACCUAUUCUGUUUGUUUUUACUGGGGGGAAUGCAGUAACUUGAUGGGAAUCUAACUCUAUUCUGUUGCAGCAUUCGUAAUGGCCCCUAGCAUGGUGGUGUUGGGGCCAUUGGUGUUGGAGAAGACUCCUUGCAUGGCUUUGGGUAUCUUGUAAAUGACAUUGGGAAGUCAGGAAGGGGCCCAUUCUGGUAAAAGGAUCACAUGCUGUUCUACACAAUACAGGAGCUGGUGUAAAAUUGUAAAAAAUAUUACAUUAAAGUACAUGAAAACCACAA